UCCUGGCUUGGUCUUUGUGCAACCAAUUAAGCCUGGACGCACUUGUUUUUGGCUUCAUUGAGCUCAGCUCAGUCAUUUAUCCUGGAUAUCUUAAUUCUACUUUUGUGCAACAGGCCCCAGGCCUAAGAAACGAGAUUUCUGAAGAAAAAAAACCCCCGCUAUCUCGUUUUGCAACGAAACUUCAUAUAUUAAAUAGUUCAUUUAAAACUGUGGGUUUUGCUUUUCCCCAACAGGUCAUCAUAUUGAAGAAGUAUUAUGUUUAAGUUAAUGCCAGACCGAUUUGCAAACAAUAUAGGGUAAAAUUGCAUUGCACAUUAAGGACAAGCCAUGGUCAUUCUUUCAUAAAUGUGUUGCUUUUGUUCAUCUCUGUGUUUUCAAACAUGAGUAAAAUCAAAACGAUCUAGUGUUUGCUAAUAUGCAGUGUUUAUUUUUAUAAAGUCUUUUGUAAACAAAUGGCUCUCUAUUGGACUGUAGGGUAGCUGAAAGACCUCAAAGUAAUGAAUUGUCUGUUGGGAAAUGUUUAGACAUUCAUAACAAUAACAUGAAUGAGGUCUUAUUACAAGACAAACUUACACAAAAUAUGGGAUCAAAUUGAAUGUACAUAGAUGGUUAUGAGCUGGCUUUGUUUUGUUUGACUUGCAUAAUACCUUUAGCAUGGUAUUUAAAGAGCUGUUACCCUUUAAAUAAGCCAGAGGGUUUCUCUGUUCUCCUCAAACCAUAUAAAGGCCGUAUGUGGAAGAUUUGGAUCACGCCUGCUAAUCAAGGAGCUGAAAUGGGUCUUAAACAUGCUAUCUCAACUUUGAUCCUCCUAAUGGCAUCUUUGACUGUGGUGGCUAGUGGAAAUGUCACAGACUGUGAUCAAAGAUGUCUGGCCAAUAUUUUGGUCAAAAAGGAACUUCUGAGCGCACCACAGGGUGAUAACUGUACCAUCAUAGUAAACAUCACUUCAAUACAAUAUGAGACACUGUCUUUUGACACAAAGGAAAUGCAGAUGAACAGCCGUAUCAAGAUAAAUAUGCAAUGGAAAGAUUCUGAUCUUGGAUGGCUGCAUGAUAAAUAUAGAUUUCCAACUGUUGUGUUACCUGUUGAUAAAAUCUGGACUCCCAAGAUCGUUCUGGACAAUGCAUUAGACACAACUAUGGAGCCAUACACUAAUGAUGUGCAGGUGAGGAGAGACGGUGUUGUGGAACAUGCGAUUAUCUUAUUCACGGCAGUGAGCUGCGAAAUCAACUUAUUCAACUAUCCAUAUGUGUUUGGGGAGUGUCCUGUGGCCAUCAAUGGAUGGAGUCAAAGAUUUUGUUCACUGAAACUGGACAUUGCUGAUAAUGUGUCUUUGGUCGGUGGUAGUCGAGGAGAGUGGCAGACUUUGAGCGUGACCAAGAUUGUGGAUAAGUUACAAGCAGAUCGCAGUUAUCUCUUGGUCACCCUGUCUAUCAACCCCUUCGGUGCAUUUGUGACUCUGAUCUUGCCCAGUGCACUUAUAAUGUGUGCUGACCUGGUAAGCUUUGCUCUGCCAUUUGAAGGAGGGGAACGCAACUCUUUUAAAGUCACGCUGGUCCUGAGCUUCACCAUGUUCCUUCUCAUCCUCAAUGAUCAUCUGCCUAAUGGUGGAAAUUGUAGCCCUCUCCUCCACUAUCACUUUAGUUUCUGUUUGGUCUGUUUGGUGCUGAGUAUGCUGAUUUCCAUCGUGUUAACACGUCUGUCUGUAGACGGCAGCAUCAUUCCAUGCAGACGCAAAAAGAUUCAUCCAUCGAAUGACACUGAAACACACGGGGGUGGCAAAGAUACAGAGAGUGGCCAAAGAAACGACAAUAUUGAUGUGAUUGAAGUGAAGUCUGGUGGUCUGACUUCAGAACUGGCUUCACUCCAGAAGAUUGUGAAGUUUCUGGAGAAAAUGGAUAAAGACGACAAUGACACGGACAGUACAGCGGCCUUUUCCUAUCGCGUAGACAAAUGCUGCUUCUUAUUUUUUCUAACCAUUUACAUACUGUAUAUAAUCAUCCUUAUUUGUAUUACCAGAACAGACAUUUGCAAGGUUAAUAAUCUUGACUUCUGGGAUCAAUCUAGCUCUGAAGAUUACAGCUAUGACUACUUGUACUAUUCUUCAGAAUAAUGUCCACAGAGCCUCUGUGAUCUCUCUCUCUCUCUCUCUCUCUCCUGCUUCACAGCUGUAUGCAUACUCUAUAACCUGAAUGUAUAGCAAAAGCUAAAAGUGCUACUGAUUUUACAUUUAUUAGGAUAUCAACCAAACAUCUUUAAGUAUAAAAAGUGUAUAUAUUCCUGAUCUAUAGUUUUAGUCUUGUUUGAAAGCUGUUUGUAAUCUAAGGUAGAACUUUAAUCUGUUCUGUACACUGUUACAUUGUUCUGUAUUUUCUCUGUUAAGACAUAAACCAACAAUAUACACUCCUAAAAAUAAAGGUGCAUGAAAAGUUCUUCACAGCGAUGCCAUAGAAGAAGCAUUUUUUGUUCCUUAAAAUAAAUAAACAUUCAGUCAAAGAUUGUUUAAAGAAGCAUUUAUUUUAUUUUAUAAUCUGCCCAGCAGACACCUUGAUGUUAAAAAGACGUCAAAUUGCCAUCAAAAAUU